AUGCCAGUUCGCCUCGACGCUCCCCAAGUGAUAGUCCUUACGGAUGAAGAACGAGAUAGCGGUGUCAUGGGCGAUAAGAAGCUCUACGAUGCCAUCGAAGCGUUCUUCACUGAUGGUCUGGUGGUAGUUGAGAAUGCUAUACCUGUUGAGUUGGUGGACAAACUCAAUGAGAGGAUGUUGAAAGAUACGGAGAAACUUCUAGGUGGUGGAGGACAAGUACACUUUAAUCACCUCAAUCAAAACGCAGCUACAAAGGGUGCCGCCGCGGGAGGCAAUUUAUCCCAAGUACCUCCGUUGGAGAAAGAAUGGUUAUUCCCCGAGAUCUUCGCCAACAAACAUGGAGCCAGAAUAGUGAACAACAUCCUUGGACCCAAACCCGAAGUCCACUUUUGUCGUACCAACACACUACUAGCCACUGAAGAGAGACAACAUGUCCAUGCGGAUUUACGAUUCGAACAUCCCCAACAUCCAUUCGCUAUUGCAUUCAACACCUGCUUAAUUGACGUUGGUCCAGAGAACGGUUCAACCGAAUUAUGGCUGGGUACCCAGAAUACCAGCUUGGAAUGUCACAGAGAUUUGGGUGAACCAAUGAUCGCCGAAGAGAAGUUGGAGGAAAGAAGGAAAAUUAGACCCCCUAUCUACCCUAGGUUGAAGAAAGGUUCGAUCGUCCUCAGAGAUCUCAGAUUGUGGCACGCCGGUAUGCCUAAUCCGACUCAUGAAACCAGAAUUAUGUUGGCCAUCGUAUACUGGGCAUCGUGGUACAAAAACGGUGCUGUUAUUCCUCUGCCUAACUCCCUCAAACCCACCAUUGAGGCUUUGGAGGAAUCAGCCAACAUCAAGUACGCCGCAGAAUGGGUACCCGACGAAGGAUACAACUACCUCGAUAUCAAAUUCAGUAAUAACUUCAGUUCGACUUUGACUCCUUGGGUAUGGGAGAAGAUCCAACAUGUCAAGACAGUCAAAGGGUACUAG